AUGGUCAUCUGGACGGAGGGUCUUUACGAUCUCUCGGAGGCCUACGACUGGGUGGAGUACUUUGCUGGCACGGCAAAUGCCACUCGUGCAGCUAGACUUCGAGGUGCAGCUGGGGGCAAGGCCAAUGACUUCGUGGCCUGGUAUGGAGGAAGCUUAGCAGAAUAUCAUCCAGUGUGGCGCAGCCUCCUUGUCCAUCUGUACCAGAUCGGUGGCGUUGGAGCGGUGAGCAGAGUUGGCUGGUACGUGGGUGCGUUCUUUGCCAAGUCGUUGAAGAGACAGUAUGCUUAUUCCAACAGCCCAGCUAUUCGAGCCCUCGAUCGCAGCCAUCUACAAGGAAUUUACCGUGGCAGGUUGUGUCAGGCCGCAAAAGUGAAGACGGCUAAUGUCUACUUCGAUAAGAAAGGCAAAAAACGGUUCAUCGGCACAUCCCAAUUGAAGAACACAGAGACUCUUGCUUUCUUUGGUUUCUACGCAGUGCGGGUUUCUGGUGUACUAAGAAAAUAA